CAACUCAGCCAAUCAGAUCGCGCGUCACGCUGCAGUGGGAGGAAACGCGGCCCAGCGUUACUGAAACAUUAUCGAGCCUGUGGAAUAGCGAAAACGGACAUAUUCGAGGCAAAAACAACGACAAAAGAGCACAAAACGAGCCCGAGCAGCAGCGUUCGCUGACCUGCAGUCAUGGACCCAUCUUUACCUCCAGACCCAAACCCAGCGGAGACGGAACCCUCUGCAGACGUGACUCCACCAGCAGACACUGAUCAGGACUCUCCUAUUAACCCUCUGGUGGAUCCACAGCCAUGCGACACCCCUAUUUCAGAUCUAGUCCACGAACCGGCGGCGCCCGCAGAACCGACCCCGGCUCAAGGACUGAAACCAGAACUGCCUGCACCAGAACUCACAACACAAAACCUGAUCCCAGGACCGGCUCCGGCUCCUCCACCCGGCGCCAACUUCAACAAGAUCAUGACCUUCAGGCCCACCAUGGAGGAGUUCAAGGACUUCGGGAAGUACAUCGCCUAUAUGGAGACGCAAGGAGCUCACGUUGCCGGACUGGCGAAGGUUAUUCCGCCGAAGGAGUGGAAACCGCGCCGUUCCUACGAGACCAUCGAGGAUAUGGUCAUUCCUGCUCCCAUCAUGCAAGUGGUGACCGGCCAAUCUGGGCUCUUCACACAGUACAACAUCCAGAAGAAGUCCAUGACCGUUGGAGAAUAUCGCAAACUGGCCAACAGUAAAAAGUACAACACUCCUCAACACAAGGACUUUGACGACCUGGAAAGGAAAUACUGGAAAAACCUGACGUUUGUGUCGCCUAUUUAUGGCGCAGACAUCAGUGGGUCACUCUACGACCCGGACAUUUCGGAGUGGAACAUCGGCCACCUGAACACUCUCCUGGACAUGGUGGAGCAGGAGUGCGGGAUCGUCAUCGAAGGUGUGAACACACCGUACCUGUAUUUCGGCAUGUGGAAGACCACCUUCGCCUGGCACACAGAGGACAUGGACCUCUACAGCAUCAACUACCUGCAUUUCGGAAAACCAAAGUCCUGGUAUGCCAUUCCUCCCGAGCACGGCAAGAGGCUGGAGAGGCUGGCGCAAGGAUUUUUCCCAGGAAGCUCCCAGGGCUGCGAUGCCUUUCUCCGACACAAGAUGACCCUCAUUUCUCCCUCAAUCCUCAAGAAGUACAGCAUCCCGUUUGACAGGAUCACGCAGGAGGAGGGUGAGUUCAUGAUCACCUUCCCGUAUGGGUACCAUGCCGGCUUCAACCAUGGCUUCAACUGCGCAGAGUCCACCAACUUCGCCACGCUGCGCUGGAUCGACUAUGGCAAGAUGGCGGCGCAGUGCACGUGCCGCAAGGACAUGGUGAAGAUCUCCAUGGAUGUGUUUGUGCGCCGCCUGCAGCCGGAGCGUUACACGCAGUGGAAACAAGGUAAAGACACAAUGGUGCUGGACCACCUGAAGCCCACCAGCCUGAGCAGCCCCGAGCUGGAGCACUGGAGGAAGAACAGAGUCACCUUUAGGGAGAAGGUCCUGCGCAGAGCUCAGGCGAAGAUGAAACAGUUUCGGCGUCUGAAGCCGGAGGACCUGAAGGUGCUGAUGGAGGCGGGUGUGGAGCUGGACAUGGAGGAGUACCAACGCAAGGUGGAGGAGCAUGACGAGCAGCGGCGCCAGCAGAGGGACGAGCGCAUGGCCAGAGAAGCCAUGCUCACGCUGGAGGCGCUGGAGAGAGAAGAGCAGGAGCAGGCCGAGGCAGCGCUUCGAGGAGUUGAAGAAAUAAAAGCCGAUUUCCAGGAUCCUCCAGUGGAGAACGGAGAAAAGAAGAAGAAAAAGAAGAAAAAGCUUCAACUCACAGAUGAAAUGUCCUUCCAGGAAGUGUUUGAGCAGUUCACCACCGCCAGCGAAAUGCAGAACCAGAGCAAUGGAGCUGCCCCUCUGCAGACAAAUCCGUUCACGAAGCUGAAGAAGAAGGUUGAGGUGAAGAAGAGCCGAAGGCAUCCAAUCAGCAAACCGCCGAUGCGUUCGCCUCACUCCAUCGUCAAACAGGAGGCCUCCAGCGAUGAGGAGCUCUACUCAGGGCUGCCAGUAGGUGGCGGUGUCACUCACGAAAGCAAGAAGCCCGAAGACAGCGACCUGUGGCAGAACCGUUCGCCGAACUUCCUAGCCGAGAAACAGUUCAACGCGGCCAUGUCCACCAUUGAGCCGUACUGCGCCAUCUGCACGCUCUUCUGCCCGUACACACAGUCUGUGAAGGACCCCUUCCACAUCUCGGACAUGUCUGGUCUGGUGUCGCGGGUCGGCUGCCGCACUCGUCCGCUGGUUCCCGAGAUGUGCUUCAGCGCCGGAGCCGAAAACAUGGAGCCGCUUUCCUCAAACUCCCACAUUGCAGACGACGGCACCAGCGUACUGCUGUCCUGCUCCGGCUGCAACCUGCAGGUCCACGCCAGUUGUUACGGCGUCAACCCUCAGACAAAACAGGAGGGCUGGAUGUGUUCUCGGUGUACUACGGUGGCUUGGACAGCCGCCUGCUGUUUGUGCAGUUUAAGAGGAGGAGCGUUAAAGAAAACCACAGAUGAAAGAUGGGUUCACGUGAUCUGUGCCAUCGCUGUAGCCGAGGUUCGUUUCGUUAAUGCUAUUGAGCGUGAGCCUGUGGAUGUGACUGCGGUCCCUGAAACCAGGAAGAGUCUGAAAUGCGUGUACUGCCACAAGACGACCAAGCAGAUUUUCGGCGCAUGUAUCCAAUGCUCACAGGACAACUGCUCCACGUCUUUCCACGUGACCUGCGCCCUCCUCGCCGGAGUCGUCAUGAAGCCUGCUGAUUGGCCGUAUGUGGUGUCCGUCACCUGCCACAAACACAAACUGACUAAUCAGAAGGCUAAAAGUGGCUCUCGCGACCUUUCUCUGGGUCAGGAGGUCAUCGGCAGGAACAGCAAUGGCUGGUUUUAUCGCUGCGUCAUCACCGGCACCGGCACACAAACUUACUACGAGGUCAACUUUGACGACGGAUCCUACUGUGACAACAUCUUCCCAGAGAACCUGCUGAGUCACGACUGCCUGCGGAACGGCCCGCCAGAACUGGGCGAACUCGUGGUGGUCAAAACUGUCGAUGGACGGGUUCUCAACGCAUCUUACAUCAAGGAACACGUCCACCGAUACUACCAGGUGGAGUUUCAGGACGAGACGCAGCUCUUACUGAAGCGCAGCGAGAUUCACUCUCUGGACCAAGAGCUGCCCAAGAGGGUCAUGUCUCGUCUGGCAACCGUGAACCAGCAGCAACCUCAGGCUCAACCAUCAGACGAACCUCUGGCCGCAAAACGCCCUCGUCUGCCGACCCCGCCGCCCACGUUAGCCAUCGAGCCCUCUGCGCUACCUCCUGAGCUAGUCUCCACUUUCCUGCCCCCUAGUAUUACCGCGAACACCAGCACUGCCCCUUGCUUGCCACCAGCUGCACUACCCGUUUCAGCGCCCCCAGAACCCAGCGAGAGUUACACCCACAGCUCCAGCUACAUCGCCUACAUGGAGUCUCUCCUCAAGUCGGACUUUCCCGCGGAAGACGGCGAGCCCGGCCUCGAGCCUAUGUAUUGAAGCAGCUAACGCUUUCAGACUUUCAAUUCAUUCACUUGCAUGUCUUUGUUUCAUUUAUUCGCUGUUGUGCUAAUCGGAGUCCUCCCACCCAUUGAUGGUGCGCGUGGGACGCAUGUGUGUCACUAUAGACUGAAGCCGGAACGGACCCAGUACAGAGCCUUGGGGGGAUGCCGUGCUCUUCCACGACCCCUCAAUUCGCCUCUUUCAAUAAACGAAAAGAUCCCACCACCGGAACGAUCACCUACUGUAUGUGCUGUUUACUUUAACACGGACUUUUUCUUUUCUCUAAUGAGUGCUAAAUAUUUUUCUAACGCGACUCAAAACACGCUACCCGGUCACAGAUCAACAGCCAGUCUAUAUCUGUACAGUUUCCGAUAUUUCUCAAGUGUUCGGGGAGGGAUGGGGGGGGACCACAGGAAGAGUUUUAGCGGGGAUUUAACAAGUAUUUAAACGUCUUUUGUCACAUAUAGAUUUAAUAUUUGUAUAAAGGAAAUCACAACUAUGGCAGCAUCAGAAGCUACAGUUUGUUUGUUUUUUUGGGUUAGCGUACGCAUUACGAUAGAUCUCGCGCGUCUUCAUGUAUACUUCUAUAAUCGACGAUAAAAAUGUUUUUCAGCGCCAGGUGAAUGAUUUUUUUUGUAGCAUACUUGGUAGACGUUGAUAUUGAAAUACUAUUCACCUCGUCUGUUUUUUAUUAUAUUUACUGUUGUUGUUAUGAUUAUUAUUUUUAUUGGUUUAUAAUUUUCGGUGCAACGGAGUUUCGGGAGAUUUAACGGAAAAAAAAAUGCAAGUGGAAUUGAUCGUUUUUAUUGAGGAGUUCGGCAUACAUUUAAGCGUAUAGUCAUAGGUGAGGUUAAACAUGCGCAAUCCGCCUUCUCAAGGUGCUAUAGAGGUCAGAGACUACUGAGGGGCGUUGGGAUGAGGUGUACAUACUAGACGUCCUGAACAUCGACAUUCUUCUUCAGUGUAACUUCUAGUCUUAUCGAAUGCCAUGUCACGUUCUAAUAAAGGGUCUGGGUGUCGCUUUGAAUUGGUUUUCUCCUUUUUUGUUGGUUCUCCAUCUUGUUUGAUCUCAUGACGUAUCACUGGUUUUCUCGUCCAAUUAGCAUCGAGAAUUCACUUCAAGGCCAUCUUGGUUCAUUCAGAAACAAAGGCUCGGAUCAGAUCUUUUUAGAAACGAUUGCUUUAGCAUGCCAAAGAGUUCAAAGAAGCGUCCAAGACGCAGAAUAAAUAAAUAAAUGCAUGAAAAGUCAAGACGUGUGACAGAAAAGGCGUGAUGAAUUGCAUUGAUUCCCUUUGCAUUACUUGUGAACACUUGCAUUAAUUUGACAGCGCUUCUGUUUAUUUUUAUUCUUCUUAUUAUUAUUAGAAUGAUUUAUAAUCCAAGUUACACCUUUAAUCUUUUGGGAUGAAGUGCGUACUGAGGUUAUAUCUGCUACACCGUCUCGAGCGCAUCCUUUUUGAUGUGACGACUGUCGUUUUCGUCUCAACGCUUCCGUUUGUUGUUUUCCACCUGUCAGCGACGCCUACGGCCGCUCCAAGACUAGACUCAGUGUGUCAAUGGCAUUUGUACUCCUCUGUUCUUGAAGUUUCUGCCUUGCAUUAACAGAAACGUCACGAGAGGCAGGUUUAAUGAAAUAACCCAACACGGCUUGCAUACUGAUGGUGGCAAAUGUUUAUCUGUGCAGAAGUAAUAGGAAAGAUUCUAAUAAAAUGUGAAGUGAAACUGUU